AUGAAGGUAAAAAAGACAAGGCAAAAACGAAAGUUACUGAUUACUGAUGGAACGGAAAUUAUGAAACCUGAGAAAAUAAUAAGAAGCAAAGAAUUGGGAGGAGCCGGAUCUGUUGAUGAUUUUGUAGCAGACGCUAUGCCUACCAGAGCUGCUUAUCGUGAACAGCUGGAAGUUGGCAUUCGGAACCGUUUGUUUAUUCUUUUAAGAGGUCCAAUUGGUUGUGGUAAAACAUCGAUAGUGAGGGAGAUUGCACGUAGUAUGAAAUUACCAUGUCGGACUAUACAAAUGGGUGAACAAAUCGAUUCGAAAACUUUGUUUGGAACAUUUCAUUGCUUGGAUAUACCUGGUGAAUUUUGCUGGAAACAAAGCACCUUCACGAAGUGUAUUCUUGAUAAGGGAAUCAUACUUUUGGAAGAUAUCGAUUGUGCUUCGGCCGAUUUAAUAUCACAAAUAAUCAACUUAUGCGAUAGUCGCGAAGUACGACUAACUUCCGGUGAAACAAUACAAAUGCAUAAUGAAGCUUACAUUAUUGCUACGAUGAGGUGUACAAAGCAGGAAAGAAGUUUCCGAUCAGCUGAUAUUGAAUUAUUGCUUACUUCUGUUCCGUUUGAAGUUUCGCUUCCACCAUUUACUAACAAAGAACUUCAUCGUGCUGUUUGCAUUUUAUUUAAAAGGGUUGCUCCAGUUGCUCAAAAAUUGAUAACUCUAUUCGAUGAACUUAUCAACAGCCCGGCCAACCAAUUAAAUGGAAGAAAACUGGGAGCUACGGAUUUAUUGAAAGCCUGUGCACGUGUUAACGACUUGGAUGAUCUGUCGGACCCGGUGGCUGUUUUUCAUGAAUUGGUCGACUGUUGGAUAAUCCAUUGCCGCCGACAGGAAGAUGUUUUUGCGCUGUCGGAAAUAAUUGCCAGCAGUUUGUCUCUGAAUCAUGACCAACUGAUAUAUCAGCUAAACUUCCGAUUACCUGAAAUUUCAGUAACGCAAAACAGCAUGAGAUGUGGUCGAGUAAAUCUGCAAAGAAAUCGAAUAGCGGCAGCAAGAGAGAGCAAGGUUAUUCGUUUUGGCAUCACACGUAACAUAUGUCAGCUAUUGGAACGGAUAACAGUUUGCAUAAGUCGUAUGGAGCCAAUACUGCUUGUUGGUGAAACUGGUGUUGGUAAAACAGCCAUUAUACAGCUAUUAGCAGAUCGUAUUGGUACCACUAUUCGAAUAGUAAAUCUCAGCCAACAUUCGGAUUCAUCCGAUUUAAUUGGCGGGUAUAAACCGGUGUCAAUACCGUAUUUGUUAAGACCACUAAAAAAAGAAUAUGAUGAUCUAUUUGCUGCAACAUUUGAUUUGAAGAAAAAUGAAAAAUUUUUGCGUCAUUUGGAGAUGUGUUUGUCAAAUGGACGAUACAGUGACUAUGCAAAAUUAGUCACGGAAAUAGCACGUCGCACAUUAAAAAUGUCAUCGAAACAUAACUCUCUCAGGCUGUGGGCGAAGUUACUUGUUAAAGCAGAACGUUGUGCAGAAUCAUUGAAAGCUUCAGCCGUUUCAUUUGCAUAUGUUCGUGGAGCAGUCGCUGAAGCUGCUGAACGAGGUGAGUGGCUUCUGGUUGAUGAAAUUAAUUUAGCUACACCGGAAUGUCUGGAUUCUGUGGUACGCUUAAUUGAGGACCCAGAAAAUAGACAUCCAGAUUUUCGUUUGUUUGCCUGCAUGAAUCCUGCCGGUGAUGUGGGGAAACGAAAUCUGCCAGCUGGAAUAAGAAGUCGCUUCACUGAAAUUUUCGUACACGAAACUACAGAAAUAGAACAAUUACAUGUGAUCGCACAGGCUUAUCUUCCGUCAUUUCAUGUUGCAAAUAUAUCCACAAUGCUAGAACUCUAUCAAGCAUUGCGUAUAACUUUUCCUGGAAAAUAUAGCUUACGGACUUUAUGUCGUGCGUUGGCAUUCACGGCAGAAAAUAUCUUUGGAAGUGAUAUACGUAACAUGUAUGAAGCGAUAUCGAUGUCCUUCAUGAGCGAUCUGAGUGCGGAAGAUCAAAUAAUGGUUGAGAAACUUAUUCGAAGUAAAAUGAACAAAGUCUCGUUGGAUAAAAUGAAGACGAAAUUUACCGAUGAUCACAUUGAAGUUGAAGGAUACUGGAUCCAAAAAGGAGAUGCCGAACCACAGGAUGAUCCCAGUUAUGUUUGUACGGCAUCAGUUCGGAAAAACUUAUCCCAUCUUGCUCGAGUCAUUUGUAGUGGCAAAUUUCCAGUAUUACUGGAAGGUGAAACAUCAUGUGGGAAAACAGCCAUGAUAAUGCACCUUGCUAAAAUUACUGGAAACACUAUUAUUCGGAUUAAUAACCAUGAACAUACCGAUCUUCAAGAAUACAUAGGAUCCUAUGUACCUGAUGGUGAUGGUCGUUUCGUAUUCGUAGAAGGUCCAUUGGUAAAAGCUGCUCGGAAUGGACACUGGAUAAUUCUUGAUGAACUAAAUCUUGCACCAACUGAUGUUAUUGAAGCUCUCAAUAGAUUGCUAGAUGAUAAUCGUGAGUUGUUUGUUUCUGAAACGAAUACGGUCGUAAUGGCUGAUCCUCAAUUUCGUUUAUUUGCAACGCAAAAUCCCGUUUGUACUUACGCCGGUCGUAAACGUCUCUCACGUGCACUGCUCAAUCGUUUUGUCAUUCUGCGAUUUGACCAACUGCCAUACAACGAAUUGGCUGAAAUGGUCAUCGUUAGUUGUAAAAUCGCGCCAUCCGCUGCACGAACAAUGGUUUCGGUAUUCUGUGACUUACGUGCUUUACGUAGCGCAGUCGGCGUUUUCUCAGCCAGUGAUGGGUUGAUGACGCUUCGUGAUUUAUUCAGGUGGGGACAGCGACUUGGAGGUUCUCAUCAGAAUGACUGGCGCCAGUGUUUAGCUGAGCAUGGUUUUUUGUUGCUUGGUGCACGAUGUCGUAAUACAGCCGAUGUUGAGUGUGUAAAGAAAAUAUUGGAAAAAAAUUUAAAGCAUAAAAUAAACGUUGAGCGUUUGUUUGCCAGUGACUCAGACUAUCUGCCGCUCGAAUUUCGUUCAUAUUCAGCUGUGAACAAUAUUGUUUUAACCAGUAGUAUUCGUAGAAUGCUUGUUUUGGUUUCACAAAGUUGGCAUUUUGAUGAGCCGGUUCUAAUCAUCGGUGAAACUGGGUGUGGUAAAACAACGAUUGCACAGAUGCUUGCAAAGGAGAAACUGUUGGCUUUGAAUUGUCAUGAGCGAACAGAAGCUUCUGACUUUCUAGGUUCAUUACGUCCAGUGGGUGAAGGUACAUUUAAAUGGAUGGAUGGCAUAGUCGUACAGGCAAUGAAAGAAGGUCGGCCACUGCUCAUCGAUGAGAUCUCGCUGGCAUCUGACUCGGUGCUAGAGCGGCUGAAUCCUUUGUUGGAACCAUCUCGUUCAUUGUUUCUCAAUGAUGGCGGCUUAUCAGGUGGUGAAGUGAGGGCAAAAAAUGGUUUCAAAAUUGUAGCAACUAUGAAUCCCGGUGGAGAUUAUGGUAAAAAAGAGCUUUCAAAAGCGCUGAGAAAUCGAUUCACAGAAAUUUGGUGUCCAUCUGAUGUAUCCGGUGAUGAUUUGAGUAAUAUCGUGGAUCGACUACUGAGUACAACAGCACUACUGGAUGAGAAUGAUUUACGGUUAAAAGUUAACAAAUGUAUUGUGCAAUUUGUGCUAUGGUUUGAUCGUAAAUUUUCUCAUCUGUUAAGGAAUACAAUAACAAUUCGUGAUGUAGUAGCAGUUACACAGCUUGUUAUUGCUGCGUUGUCACGAUCUAAUUCACCAUUCUCUUCGAUUUACCAUGCUUUUUCGGCAACUUUUUUUGAUGCUUUCGGUACUUUAUCGACACGUAUCAGUCUAGAUUGCGAUGCCCUAAAAAAAAAGGCUAUUGAUCAACUCUGUCAAAUUAUGCAACGGGAAUUGGGUAGUAUCUGUGAUGUAGCAUCGCUUUUGUUACCGGCUACAUUGCAUUUCGAUGAAAAAGAUUCUCACAGUUUCAUUGUCGGAGAUUUUCAUAUUCCUUUUGGGCUAGCCAAACGAUUUGUGCCCAAAAAUUUUACAUUUAAUGCGCCGACAUGUAGGCAGAAUAUUUUCAGGCUUGUACGUGGACUUGCGGUUGAUAAACCAAUAUUACUUGAAGGUCCUCCAGGUUGUGGUAAAUCAAGCACUGUUGUUGCUUUAGCUGCUGUAACUGGCCAUGCACUAACUAGAUUAAAUUUGUCAGAACAAACGGAUUUGGCAGAUCUCUUCGGUUGCGAUGUGCCGGUUAUUUUAUCAGAUGGUACACCAUCUUUCAAGUGGAAAGAUGGACCUGUUUUGCAUGCAAUCAAAUCGAACCAGUGGGUUCUUCUAGAUGAGAUGAAUUUGGCAUCUCAAAGUGUUUUGGAAGGUUUGAAUGCAUGUUUCGAUCACCGUCACAAUCUUUACAUACCAGAACUGAACCGAACCUUCGAUAUCGGUAUCGACGACAAGAAAACACGUUUCUUUGCAUGUCAAAAUCCAUGCAGUCAAGGAGGAAAUCGGCGAAAGCUACCAAAAUCGUUUGUUAACCGCUUCACAUCUAUUUACGUAGCCGAAAUGAAUGCAUCAGAUUUUUUCGAAAUUAUUAAGAAUUCAUUUGGAUCUGUAUUGGCUGAUGAUGUUAUCCAACGUAUAGUUAACGUGAACAGUUCAAUAGCAAGUCUUAUGGCAGACGAUCCACAGUUUCUAAGAAAAGGAUCGCCGUUUGAGUUUAAUUUGCGUGAUUUGUUGAGAUGGGCACAACUAACGGUUGAAAACGAUGGCGAUGUUGCAUUUGGUUUUGAUUUAUUAUAUAUAUGGCGAUUACGUAGUAAUGUUGAUCGACAAAAGAUGCGAGGGUUGUUUUAUGAAUGUUUUAAAUUUAAAUGUGUGGAAGCUGUAGCAUCACUUUCAUUGAUUGAUUCAUAUGUCCGUAUUGGAAAAGUAGAACUGGAACGAUCAGGCGCAAUCCGCAGACAACAAAAUAUGAAAUUAUUGUCAUCACAAAUGCGAUUGCUGAAUAAACUUGCCGUUUGCGUGAAAAUGAAUUGGCUUACUUUAAUUGUCGGGAAAGCUGGUUGUGGGAAAUCAACAGCUGUGAGGAUCUUGGCAUCCUUGGUUGGAAAAGAGCUUUACACAAUAUAUCUAACUUCGGAAUCCGAUUCACUCGAACUUCUUGGAUCGUUUGAGCAGGUCACCGAUUAUGUGAAUUUCACUUCCAUAAAGCAACAUUGUUUGAAUUUGCUUGAACAAUUUCCGGAUUUAUUAAAUGAUGUAAAUAAUGCUGAAGAUAUACUUACUUUGCGACUAGCUUUGCAAACCGCAAUGCUUCUUGUCGAUGAAGAUAUUGCGAAAAAAUUGUCAAAAUACGACAAAGAAUUGGGCAAAAAUAAAAUGCGUUUUGAUUGGCUUAACAGUCGUUUUGUAAAUGCAUUUAUUAAUGGUUAUUGGAUUUUGAUUGAAAAUGUCAAUUGUUGCAGUGCGGCAGUACUGGAUCGAUUAAACGCUUGUUUGGAAAAUAAUGGAGAAUUAAAUUUACAAGAAUGUGGUGGCGGUGAUGUCGUAAAAGCACAUAACGAUUUUCGAGUUUUUUUUACUAUGGAUGAUGAUUACGGCAGCGUUUCACGAGCUAUGCGUAAUCGUUCAGUAGAAUUAUAUUUACUUCCUGAUGAUUGCGCUUGGUUCAAAAUAGCACAAGAUCUGGGGAAUAUGGUAAUGAAUACGGAAAACCGAGAUAUUCUCCGGAUUACACCAGCAAUGAUGCAAGCAUGUGAGCAGCUUUCAUGUUGGGAGUUGUUGAAAUUAAAAAUGCUUCUAAAGGCGAAGGAUAUGGAUUUUGAAAAUGCUAUAAAGCAUUUCAAAACAACUAUGAGUGAGGAGGCUAUGGAAAUUGAUGAGAACACGGAAGAAACUUUUAUCGUUUAUCCUUCACUAGAUACCGAUUUCGCUGCCACAUAUAGCAAAUGGAAAAUUCUAGUUUGGUCGUAUGUAAGUCAACAUGAUUGGAUACUUGGUCUUCUAUGGGCUACAUUUUCUGUUCCAUUCAAACAACUGAAAAUUGAGGAAAUGAUCGGACUGUUUAAAUGCACAGAUGAGAAAGCAAAAUAUAAAGUUAUUGAAGCUGUUCAAAACCUGAAACAAAAUAGAAUGUUGAAUAAUGACGAACGUUUUGAUGGUCCUCCAACAUUGCGCAUUACAAAACCCCCAGAUACAUAUGUGGACAAUGACAGAUUCAUCAUCGGAAUGUGCGCUUUGUGGACAAAGUUUAGUCUGGAUAAAAUUUCGCCUGAGAAAAGAUCUGCCGUUGACAUGAGCAACCUUUUUGUUAAAAGAAAGGUUCGAAGUGAUCAACUUCCCUCUCCCGCAAUUUCAUAUCUAAAAGAAUUACUUGAUGAAUUAUAUGUAUAUAUUUCGAACUUUUCUCCAGCGGAUUCUACAGUCUUGGAUUCAUGCUCAAUUUUUUGGAAUAUCAUGCUUUUCGUGGAAGCAUGCCAUCAACGAAUGGAUUUACGAAGUGCAUGUGCUCCGCUUCAUCUUGCAUGGCAGCGUUUAAAUGAUUCUUCUUAUUCCAAUAUUUGGAAACAGUGGUCCACAGGUUUAUGUUGUGCUGCAACUGCCAUCGAUAAAAUGUGGAUGACUGAUAAGAAAGCCUCAGAGUGUUACUCCAGCUUUUAUAAACGUUGUAGCUUUUUUGAACCUUUCCGGAACUAUAAUGAGUGGAGAAAGUAUGAAAACAAGCUCGAAAUUUUGAAUGUAAACAGUACUGCAGUGGAUAAUGGAAGCUGUUUAACGCAGCAAGAUACUAAUGGAAUGCAAAAAUGUCAUGCUGAUAAGAAUAGUGUUUUAAGCGUAGCGCUGAAAUUGAUGACAGAUAUUUGCUGCGGUUUUGCGAUUUUGAAUAGCCAUGUUGGGAAACAGAUAUUACUGGAGUUGUUGCCAAUAUCAGCGCAUCAUCCUUUUGAGCUUUGUCGUUUGGUAUGGUUAAAUCUUAAAGAUGAAAAGUGGUCACAGGUUGCAUGUUUUACACAGUAUCUUUCUUCGAACUUUGCUGUUGAGGAAAUUCCGAUUGCCUGCAAAAAUAUUGAUCUUGCUUGGGUCACUUUGGGUACGGAAUUAUUCUCAUCGGUAUGGCGUUCGAUGGGUUUUCAGUUAUCUUCACGAGAGAUUACACUAGCACAAUUUGGUGAUUUCCCAAUUCAACGAAAACAUUUAUGCACCUAUUUCUGGAAAAUUGGAGUUCAUUUGAAAUCGUUUAAAUUGAAGUACAAGGAAAGGCUUCUAACUGUGGCUAAUUAUUUUGAAUCAUUGCUGGAUUCGCCAUCUUUUAUUAAUUCAUCCACCAACAUUACUUUGUCAAGCUUAAUGCAGCGAUUGGAAAUGAUCACUUGUGCGUUGUUACCACUAUCGGUCCCGCCGAGGAACUGCAUUGACCCGCUGUUGAGCGAUAAAAUGAAUUUCAAUUAUUUGAUGAAUAAGAAAAAAUUGCUUGAAAAUAUUAUUGGCGUCUUGCAAUCCUAUCAGGGAAUAGUCAGUGGUCAGAUGGAUUUGGCAUUAUUUUCAAAUUCCAAGCAUCCGUUCAUUAGUACUCUUCUAAAUACGUAUAAUUCUGUAACGAAGGAAUUGGAAAACUAUUCACAAAAUACAGUUUCUUUUCGUCCUCAUUAUACAGACUUUCCAUCACUGGCGAUAACAAUGAAUUCUUUCCUUGCAACAGUUAUUGAACAGCAUCGCACAUUUUCCCUUAUCGAUUUGGAUCACCUAGAUAAUCUAUCGGAUGAUAACGUUCGAGUGACGGUGGCGCAUAUUGAUAGCUUUUUGACAUACGUCCAGUCUUUCUACAAUAAAACAUUUUCUGAAUACAGUGCCUUUACGGAUAUCAUCUGUCCGUUUUUCAUGUUUUUAAAUAUUUUGGUGGCAACGGUUUCAUACAAGCGCUUUCAUAUAAUUCGGUUAAUGAAUUUACGCAAUUUGAUUGGUACCUGCAACUUCCCAGCCAAGUUUUCGUUUAAAUGGAACUGCUUGAAUAAUUUGCCGGAAAGUGAUAUUUUAUACAAAUGGUGCAUCUCGGAGAAGACGAUAAUGCCAAAAAGACUGCAAAAGGAAUUAGUUUGUCUUUCUCUGCAGAAAUAUAAGCAAGACAGGGAAUGUUUCGCUAAUCCCAAAGAGAUUAUGGUCAAGGAAAUUAUUGAAUGGAUUAAAAAUGAGUGGUCGAAAUGGUUUGAAGCUAAUACAGAAAAACAAGAACAAGCAUAUGUUUAUCGGAAAAGCAUUAAACAUGAAGAAGAAGGGCUUGAUGAAGACGACAUUAAGAUUCAAGAGUUACUGCCAGAUUUCUCGGCUUCCAGUGAUGAGCAAGAUUUAUUUGAAGAAUCGGUACUUUCACCGUCUGCCACCUAUAUCGACAGUGAAAGUUUGACAGAAAUACUUCAUCUAUUGGCGAAUGAGGAAUAUAUCCGUGGCCACGAUGGUCACAUGGCUUUAGCGUGGAUGAUGGAUACAGCAUCGUCGUGUGGUCUUGUGGACGACUUAGUGGAUUCAAAAGUUUUUGUUUACAAUCUUUACGCGUUGAGUCAAUUGAAUCUUGACAAAGACAUACAGAUUGUUGAUGUUUACCGAAAAAAUAGUCGGUUAGAAUUGGAGAAAUGUAUCGCAGCAAUGAAACCACUGAUCAAACGUGUGUGCUGGUUGAAGGAGAAAUGGCCUGAAAUGACAGUCCUGGAUGGUAUAUUGCAGCGAGCUCAGAAGAUAUUAUCUGCAUCGAUGACAGCCCCCCAAAUGCAAUUUUCGGCACUUCUCGAGCAUCUGCUUGCUGAAGCAGAUCUGUGGGAAAAAGUGGCUGAUCGAAACCACUCGUUAACAACUGAACUUGAAGAGUUGCGGUAUUUGUUGGUGAGUUGGCGAAAGAUGGAAAUAAUGUGUUGGAAUAACUUACUUCAGCAGGUGCAGAACGACUGUCGUGAGCAGACACUGCUGCUAUCGUGGCCACUUUUCGAAGCACUUGAUAAAGUGGAUAAAAGUGACGAUGAAAUUUUAGCGAUGACAAUUGAGUGGAUUCAAAGUUCCACGAUUAUUGACUUUAAAGCUCGACUAGAGACUGGUGAAUUGCUUAUCAAGUUUAUCAAAUUGGCACAAGAAAGUGCAAGGGAUGAAUUGUGUCAACGUUUGAAAUCAGUGGUUUCAUAUUUCCGGCUGUUUGACACUAUAGUUGAAAGCAAAUUGGUCGCGCAGAAGGAACCUACGGAAAAGCAGUUGCAUGAUUUUAUUAAAAUCAUGAAAUACAACGAUUUAAAUUUAUGGAGCGUAAAGGCAUCGGCCCAGAAAGCUCAUAAGCAGCUGUUCCGUCUUCUGAAGCAAUUCAGAUUAGCCGGUAGCAAUUUAGUCGCUCCCAUUUUUGAUGAAAUUCCACCGAUGCUAUCAACAACAGAUCAUGAGACUAAAGCGACAUUUGCAAAUGAUCAAAUAGUACCAUGUAACGAUUUCUAUGCGAAACGCGCAGUUGACUUAAUGUUGAAAAUUGUGACACAUUUCACGGAUGGCAUCUAUUUGGAGGAUAUUCAGGGAUUAACAGAAUUCGUCAAGUGCUGUAAUGAUCUUAUUCACAAAGACGUUCAAUACGAAGGUGACAAUAUGGAAAAGGAAAAGAAGCAAGGUCGUGCACUGAGUGAACGGCAGAAGGCAAUUGCACGUUUGUUCAAGGAUAGUGCUGCACUUGGUCUAAGUAGUCGAAAAGGCUUAAUGGUUAAUGCGGAACAGUUAACAGCUAAUGUUGUUGCUGGAAUGCCUGGAGAUGAUACGAUGUUGACAAAGUUAAUAAGGUAUGGAGGAAUAUCACGAAAUAUUGUCUUGAAGAAUUUUCAUAAACCAAAUGCUCAAAUUGGCUCAAAUACGAUGAGCCAGUUAAAGGGGAUUACUGAAUUUAUCCUGAAUGAACUAUACCUAUGUCAUCAGACUGUGGCAACCACAAGAGAAACACUGGGGAAGAUGGAUAAAGCUAAGAAAAUGUUGUUGAAUUAUUUGGAAAAUGUUAAGGAUAUAGAACAACCUUGCUUGUCCGGUCAGCAAUGGUUGCGCCGUCUGCAAGAGUCGAAAUAUUUGAUGCUUAAAUUUAAUUCAUUUUUGGAAUUCAUGAGAACGAAACUUGAGAAUGCUCCGGAAUGCAGUAUUGAUUUCGAAGAAAACGCACCUCUCAAAUUCAGUGGCAUUCAAGACACUCGCUUCUCCCAGUUACAUAAACAACAUCAGGAAUAUGAUGUAACACUUGAUACAGUUAGGAAGGUACAACAUGCGGCAGCAAAAAUUCUUGAAAAUAUUAAAUGGUCGCUUCUUCAUUCAUUGGAUUGUGAAAGUGUCGUUAUUUGGAAAAGUUCCGACAUAUCGCAAACCAUUAACACUGUGAAAUUGGAAAUUACCGAUAUAAAUUCUCGGUUAUCUCUCAUCUCGUGUGUAAUGGUUGAAGAAGUUGAAGAGAUAAUGGAAAUUUCACGUGGGGUAUUGAAGGCGUUGACGAUCCCAACAAGUGUUCAGGAAACAGUUGGAGAUAUACCGUGGGAGGAAACUGAAGUUUUGUUAAUCACAGUACAAAAUAUUUACAAGCAAGCAACGGCAAUUGAUUUAGACAAUUCCUGUUUUAUGGAUAUUCUAAGGCAACUGAUCAAUUUGCUACGAAGUGUGAAUUUUGAUAAGUCAGUUAAACAAAUAUGGAAUUUGUGUGCGCGAUUAUCUGAAGGUAAAGGAUCAAUGGAAUGUGAUCCUCUGAAGCAAAUAGCUUCAAUAAAUAGUGCGCUUUGUGAAGUUUUGUCUUUCAUUCUGAAGAUGGUUGAAAAUUGCGCAGUUGAGUUGGCAAAGUAUUAUAUGCAAUUCGAAGCAAUGACUGCUGCACUGCUUAAAAAAGGUUAUGUAAAUCCGAUACCAAAGCCCCAAAAAGAAAGCAGUGAAAAAGAUGGAGAUGAACUGCAGCCAUGUGAUGACGAUAUUGCUGGUUUGGGAGAUGCGAAAGGUGAGAAGGAUGUUGGCGAUGAUAUUGAUGAGACAGGACAGGUUGAAGGCUUAAGAGGUGACGUGGAGAAUGAGAGUGAGGAACCAGACAAAAGUAGGAACGAUAGUACACCGCUUGAUAUGGGUGACGAUUUUGGUGGGUGUCUAGAGGAUAUUGAUUGCAAGCAACAUAGUGAUGCUGAAGAAAGUGAUGAUGAUAAUGAACCUGAAGCAGAUAUGGAGAUGGGGGAUGUUAACCAAAGUGAAGGAGAUAAAUUGGAUCCCGAUUUAUGGGAUCAGAAUGAUGAUUUUGAGAAAAAACUUGCUGACGGCAGCGAAGGUGCAAAUAAAGAAACAGAAAAUUUGACUGCGGAUGACGGUAAACGGAAUUCUAAAAAUGACAAAAGUAAUAAAGAUGCAUUUGACGGUGAUGAUGAUGAAGGAGAUGAUGAUAAUAAAGAUGAUAUUGACAAUGGUGAUGUGGAGAAUGUGGAGCGUGAAUCUCUGGACAAUGGUCUGGAUAAUGAGAAUCAUGCCCAAACUGAUGAAUGUUACAAUGAUGGUAAUCACAGUGAAAACGACUCAGAAGGAGAUGUAGAAAAUCUUAUGAAUGAUAAACUAGAUGAGUUUGAUGACCAAUCGAACAAUGAUGUUGGAGAGGAAACGAUAACAGAAAUGACUGAAAAUGAAGAAAAGAAAAUGCGUGAAGAUUUCUUGAACGAAACAAAUGAUGCUGCCAUGAAAGAGUUGAACGAGGACGAUGAUGAAAUUCUCAAGGGCGGUGCAGGAGGAAUGGAUAGGGGAGCAGUAGAAGAUACGGUAGAAGAUAUGGAUAAAGAUACUAUUUCAAUUCCUAAUGUUAUGGAUGAGAACGAUGAAAAUAUUAAGGAGAAUGAUUCAACAGCGAAGGUAGAAGGCAAAGGAAAAAAUGGUUAUGACGAAACGGAAGAAGACAAUAUUGGAAAUGAAAAAUUAGAAAAUAUAAAAAAGGAUGACAAGAAAUCCGAGAAAGAGAAGAAAUUGGCUAAUGAUAUUACCGAUAUCGCCAUACAAAAAACUAUUCCAAGCGAAGGUGAGCAAGAAGUUGAAGAAGGCUCUGAAUUUGGACAUGUUGAUGGAAAUAACAGCAGUUUACACGAACAAAUAGUCAUCGAUAAAAGUUCGGUAGAGGAAGCAAGGAAUUCAAAAGGAAAUAGGGACCAGUUAAAGGAUUUGAAGAAUAUAAGUGCAGAACAGAAUGAGGAAGAAAUGAUGGAAGAUGAUGAUAUUGGAGAUAAACAAGAAGUGAACGAGAAUGAUUUGAUCGAAACUAAUGUCUUGAAUUCCCAUUACCAAAAUUCGGUUAUCCAUUCGGCAACAGACUUUUAUCGUUUGGUAGAGCAGUCAGUUUCGACGAUCACUUCAUUGGAUACGGAGAAGGUAGAUUCGUCGAGCAUUGAUGCAGAAGAUCGAUGGAAUAGAAUUUCUGAUUCGGUUUCUGUUUUAGCAGCUGAGCUUUCGGAAAAUCUUCGAAUGAUUAUUGAGCCAACACUAGCUUCUAGAUUUGAGGGUGAUUACCGAACAGGUAAAAGGCUCAAUAUGCGUCGUUUGAUUGCAUAUAUUGCUAGCGGUUAUAGGAAAAACAAAAUUUGGUUACGUCGUACAAAGAAAGCCAAGCACAAUUAUCAAAUUUUAAUUGCUGUUGACGACUCGUCUUCUAUGCACGAUAACCAGAUUAAAUUGAAAGCUUGUCAAAGUGUUGCUAUGAUUGAAAGUGGAUUACGAAGACUUGAAAUAGGGCAAUUGGCAAUCUGCAAAUUUGGUGGUUCGGUGAAGGUGAUUUCGGACUUCAAAGAUUACGGUGGCAGUGACUUGGGUGGAAAAUUAAUAAACGAGCUGAAUUUUGGUCAAGACCGAACGGACUUAGUCAAUUUGUUAAAGUGUAGCAGGAAGAUCUUCGAGCAAGCUAGAGGCCGCGAAAAGAACGACCAGAUGUUGAUUAUUGUUUCGGAUGGCAGAGGAGUGCUGGUGGAUGGCGCUGAGGCAGUAAAAAAAGCUGUGUCCGAAUUACAUGUUGACCAGAUUACAGUACUUUUUGUGGCAAUCGACAAUAGCGAAAAGUCAAUCAUGGAUAUGAAAGUUGCUGAAUUUACAGCCGACGGAAAUGUGAAUCUCAUUCCAUAUUUACAGAAAUUUCCAUUCCCAUUUUACGUGAUUGUUGAGCAUAUCACCAUGCUGCCAGCUACAAUUGGCGAUGCGGUCAGGCAGUGGUUUGAACUUACUGCGCCACAAAUUUGUGGUACUCAGGGGCCUCGAAAAGUUUUGAGUGGUAUUGACCAAUUGUUCUCGAGUACUUCAAAAUUUGAUUUUCAUGUUAAUUGCUCAAUGUGUACAGUCUUCGCAUUACGGGUAGUACUUUCAGAUUUAGAAUUGGUGUGUAUUGUUGUGCAGGGACGAUGGGUGGGUGGGUCUAUAUUUUGCAGUAAUGUAAUAACAUGUCGGAAUCUGUUUGCAGAAGUUGUUACAUCUGCAUCUGUAAAAUAA